GGCAGUUCGACAGGAAAAAGUGAAACACAGUCGACAACAGAACUGUCCUGUACUUGCUCCUCCAAAGAUUUCUGAAAACUAAACUCUUAAACAGAGUUGGUGUAAAUCAUUCUGCGGAGUGAGGCAGGUUGGAUCAGAGCCACACUGAGAGAAGAAAGUUCAGGUAUGUCUCGACGGGUGGUCCAGGUCCAGCCGGAGAGCAGGGUUCAUGAGGCAGGUCAGUGGAGCACUGGCCUGUGUGAGUGCCAUAAAGACAUAGGGGACUGCUGCUUUGCCCUGUGCUGCCUCCCAGUGUUCACUUGUAAGGUGACCAGUGCGGUUGGUGCGUGUCCCUGCCUGCCUCUGCUGGACUGUAUUGGCUGUGUGCCGCCGGCUGCUCUCGCCAUGAGGGCUUCUGUCAGGGAACGAUAUGGUAUACAGGGGAGUGUGUGGAGCGACUGCCUGUAUGGAUGCUGCUGCUAUCCACUAUCCUGGCUCCAGAUCUCCAGAGAGCUGAAAAGGAGAGCAGCAUCCCACGCCUCCUCCUCCUCCUCCUCAUCUGCCAGAUACACAGCUCUGACCUCCCUGCAGGGGGCGCACUUGGUCUAGACACAGCCACCACUUUUCUGCAGCAGUCCUCCAGAGCCCAGGAGUUGAUUUAAUCACACUUCCUUCAGUCUGCAGCCGCUCCCUGUUACCUCUGAGAAUUCAGCAGGGACACAAUGUGUCUCAAAGAGAGGAAAGUUCAGUUUGUCAAAAGAUGAAGUAAAAGAACUGUGAUAAAAGUCAAGCAGGGGUCAUUAUGCAAGUUAUCUUGGGUCAUCAAUUAUCUUAUUUGAUUAGAUUCUUUUGGUGGUGAAAAGUAAUCAUGUACAUAUACUUAAGUACUUUACUCAUGAAUCCUAAUUGAAUGCAAGGUUUUUCACUUUGUUCAUAUCAAAUGUAGGCUCAGGUUCGUAUCAUGCUAUUUACCACACUUAGUUAAUAUUUACAGUUAAGAUUGUAUCCACCCAUAUGAAAUGCAAAAAACCCCCACAAUUUAUUGUUACACCUUAAUCUUCUGAUUUCUUAAAAAACAAUAGGUAGUUGUGACCCAUUUUUAUUACUCAGACGCCUAUAGCAGUCCCACAAAGGAUUUCUCCUUUAAUAUGGUUUUAUCUGAAUAAUUAUUUGACUCCCAAAAUGUAUAAAAAGUCCAAUAUUCCACAGAAGAGCAAAACCAAUUUUCAGCAGAACAGUGCAUACCUCCACCAAGGCCCACCAGUCCCAUUACAUUUGAUCAAGUUGCACCAAAUUUCACACAGAUAUUAGUUCCCUAAAUGUUUUUAUCAAGAAAAUGUUGAAAAUUGUCAUAUGUUGCAACAUCUCUUGCAACAUAUCUUGCAACAUCUCCAGUUCCAGGUUAAGAAUGACCCCCCUUCAUCCAUUCCUCCACUCCUCUUGCUAAUUAAAUGUUUUGGUUGCCUGUCUGGGUAUUCCAUUAACUGGAGGAAAAGUGCAUUUAUUUCUCUUUCAGAAAAUCUGGAUCCUGUUUUUCUUGAAUCUUUUCCCUUUGAAAUUUCCAGGGCUCAGUUCACUGACUUGGGCCUAUCUAUUCCUGUAAAUCCUAUGCUCUUAUUUAAGAAUCAUUUUACUUUUCAGUGAGACAAGCCUAAGAAAUAUUUAUGUAUUUAUUUAAAAAUAUUUCAAUUAAUCUUCUGUUAUCAUUUCUUAAAAAACUACUCAAUAAUAAUACUUUGUCUGGGGGUAUAGACACAUCGUAUUUCCAUGACCCACUUACAAAGGCGAAAGAAGCUGGGGGUUUAUACCUCCAGUCAACUUCCUAACAUUACUAUUGGGCAGCUAAUGCCAGAGCCCUAAUGUAUUGGCAAGAUUAGUUUCCAAAGUCAAAUGAGCUCCCUGAUACGCCAAUGAAGUGGUUGCAAUUGGAAUCAUACGCAGCCGUCCUGUUUUCUACUACGGAUUAUGC